AUGGACUCCCCUUGUGAGGAUCGCUCGGUUGUAGCAGCACCAAAGGAGCCCUCGGUUGUAGCUGCACCUGCAGAGUCUCCAGUUGUUGCAGCACUUGAGAAACCGUCGGCUGUAGCAGCAGCGUCUGCGAGUGUGUCUGAGACGGUAUCAGAGGCCUGCCAUGUCGUCGUGAACAUGGACUUGCUCACACCCCUGGUUGCAGCCUCUCCUGCGCGACGAGCGGAAGCUUCCAGGAAACGAGAGGAAGCAGAGGGGCGGCGGGAAAAGGCGGAGCGCGCCCUGAGGGAGUUUCAACGGCAGGUGGGAGUUUCGGAGCUGGCUUUAAAGGUUAAGGCGGAAAACCAGUGGGAGGAUCAGCUUUUGAGGGAGAUUUGCUCGGUGGAGAGAGAUGUGGAGGAGUUGAGGGGAGUGGUGAAGGAGAAAGACGGGGAACUGGAGAGGCUGAGGGUGGAAGUUUCGAGGAAAGUAGAGCUUCUGAGGCGCGUGCAUGGGCGAGCGAUGAAGAUGAGGGCGGACGCGAAGGGGACGAUCCGACGGCUGAGAUUGGAGCUGCAGACGGCGCGGGGGUUGCUGGAGAGGAGGGAGGAGAGGGUGAGGGAGAAGGGGAGGGCGUUGAGGGGAGAGAUUAGUGUGUUGGUGCAGGAACUUGAGGAGAUUAGGGGUGGGAAUGAGGCGGUGGUGUGUGUGUUAGAGGAUGCGAGGAAAGAGGUGGUGGAGGAGAGAAAGGAGAUUGAGAAGGGGAGGAGGGAGGUGGAGGAGGCUGUGAGGGAGGUGCGGAAGCUGCAGAAUGGGAAGGAUGAGGAGGAGGGGGAGAAGGAGAAGGAGAAGGAGAAGGAGGGUGAGAGGAGAGAGGAGGGAGAGGAGGGAUCCGCUAAUAGGGAAGGAGAGGAAGCUAGGGAGGGAGAGGGGAGUGGGGGGAAUGACACUAGUGGUAUGAACAAUCUGCUGCUGGUCCAGGAGGACAUGAGGAGGCGAGAGGAAGAGUUGCAACGAGAGGCGGAGCAGGUGAGAGAGUGGCUGCACGCAGAGAGGCAGCAGCGCGCCCUCCUGGAGCAGCAGCUGGCGGCAUUGGAAGAACAGAUAGAGGGUUUGAAAGAGGCGCGGAGUGGUGCUGAGGCGACUCAGGAAAAGCAGCUGGCGGAUUUGGAAGAGCAGAUUGAGGCGCUGAAAGCGGCUCGGAAGGGUGCGGUUGAGCAGAUGGAGAGGGAGAGGAGAGAGUGGGUGGAGGAGAGGAAGAGGGAGAGGGUGGGGAGAGAGGAGGAGAGGGAGCGGGCGGAGAGGGAGAUGAAAGAGAGAGUGGAGGAGGAGGAGGGGAGGAGGAGGGAUGUGGAGGUGGAAGUGAGAGAGCUGAAGGAGAGGCUUGGUGGCGAGGAGGAAGAGAGGAGGAAGGCGGAGGAGGACAGAGAGGGAGUGAGGGAGAGAGUGAGGGAGUUGGAAGCAGAGUUGGUGGGAGUGAGGGAGAGUCUUCAGAAAGUUGAGGAGGAGAGGAGGGAGGCGGAGGAGGGGAGGGUGAGAGCGGGGGAGGAGUGGAAGAGAGAGAAGGAGGAGGUAGAGAAGGGGGUGGAGGAGGAGAGGAGGAGGAGAGGGGAUGCGGAGGAGGAGGUGGUGAGGCUGAAGGAACGUGAGGUGGCAUUGUUGACUGCGUUGACUGAGGAGACUGGGAAGGUGGGAACGCUGGAGGCUGCUUUGGCGGAGCGAGAGGCGAGGAUAUCCUCGAUAGAAGCAGAGAUUCGCUACAAGGAGGUACGUGCUGGUGAGUUGGAAGCGAGGGUUAGAGAGCUGGAGGGGAGGAUUGAGGAAGGUAGGGUUGAGUUUGAGAAGGAACGGAGGAGGAUGGAAGCGGAGAGGAGAGAGGAGAAUGUGGUGAAGGAGAGGGAGAGGGAGGAAGAGAGGAAGGAGAGGGAGGAAGAGGAGAGGAGGCAAGCUGCAGAGGCGGCUGAAAGAGAGGCGGAACGAGAGGCAGAGAUGAAAGCGAAGGAAGAGGCGAUUCAAAGGCUGGAAGCAGUAGUUAUGGAGCUCAGAGAGAAGGCUUGUGAGCUAGAGAAGCAGCGAGGAGAGAAAGAGGAAAAGGUGAAGGGUUUAGAGGAGGAAGUGAGAGAGCUUGGGGAUAUGGUUGCAGUGCUGCAGGCUGGAAUAGCUGCGAAACGAGCGGAGCUAGCAGCCAAGGCGGCUGAAUCGGAGAGGAUGGGUCAGCUGGAAGAGCAAGUGAGGGACGGGGAGGAGCGAGUGAGGGAGAGAGAGGAGGAGGUGAGGAGGCUUGAGGAGAGAGUGAGGGAGGUGGAAGGGGAGAUGGAGGAGUUGUCGGUGCAGGUGAGUGCGUUGAGAGGGGAGGUGGAGGCGAAGGAGGGGGAGAGGGAGGAGGUCGAGAGGAAGGGGAGGAAGAGGGAAGGGAGGGUGAGGGAAUUGGAGGAGGAGAUUGGGAGGAGAGAGAAGAGGGAGAGAGAGAUGGAGGAGGAAUUGGGUGUGAGGGAGAGGAGGAUUGGGGAGCUUGAGGGGUUGAUGAGGGAGAGGGUGAGGGAGGUGGAGGGGAAGGAGAGGGAGAGGGAGGAGAUAGAGAGGGAAAUGGAAGGAUUGAAGGGAGAGAGGGAGGAAUGGCAGAGGGAGAAAGAGGAAUUGGAAAGGCAGAUUGAUGGAUUGCGGAGGGAGAAGGAGGAGUUGAACGGGGAACUGGAACGGUUGAAAGGAGCAUUGGAAGGUGUGAAGGGCGAGAAGGAGGAAUUGGAGAGGCAGAUUGAGGUGAUGCGGAGGGAGAAGGAGGAAGUGAAAGAGGAGUUAGAGCGACUGAAAGAAGAGCUGGAAAGUGUGAAGAGGGAGAGGGAGGCAAGGCUGCAAGCAAGCCAGGCAGAGGUGAGGGGGGAGAAGGAGAAGCGGUCGAUGCUGGAGGAGAGGGCGCAAUUGCUUCAAGACAGAGUCGUGCAGGUGGAAAGGGAGAGGGAAGAGACGUCAGGUCAGUUGGAGGAGAGGACACGCGAGCUGGAGGAAAAGAGAGAAACGGUGGGGCAGCUGGAGAAGACAGUGAAUGAAUUGGAGGAGAGGGUGCAGUCGCUGCAAGACAAGGUGGUGCAGGUGGAAGGGGAGAGGGAAGAGACGGUAGGUCAGUUGGAGGAGAGGACACGCGAGCUGGAGGAGAAGAAGGAAAUGGUGGGACAGCUGGAGAAGACAGUGAGGGGACUGAAUGAGCGGUUGCAGAUGCUUGAAGACAGGGUACGGCAGGUGGAAGGGGAGAGGGCGGAAACGGUAGCGCAGCUGAAGAAGACCGUGUGUGAAGUGGAGGAGAGGAAAGAGAGAGUGUGUGAGCUGGAGAAGAAAGUUUUUGAGCUGGAAGAGAAGGUGCAGUUUGUGCAAGAGGAGAGGAAGGAGGUGGUGGGGCAGCUGGGAAACAAAAUAUUUGAAUUGGAGGCGAAGAAAGAGAGAGUGUGCGAGCUGGAGACGAGUGCUUGUGAGCUGGAGAAGAGAGUCUGUGAGCUGGAAGAGACGGUGCGGUGCCUGCAAGAGGGGAGGAAGGAGGUGGUGGGGCAGCUGGAGGAGAGGGUCCGCGAGGUGCAGGAGAAGAACGAGAGGGUGUGUCAGUUGGAGAAGGAAGUAUUUGAGCUGGAGGAGAGGGCGAAUUCCCUGCAAGAGGAGAGGAAGGAGGUGGUUUACCAGCUGGGAAAUACGAAAUUUGAACUGGAGGCGAGGAAAGAGAGAGUGUGCGAGCUGGAGAAGAGGGUUUCUGAGAUGGAGGUAAGGGUACAGUCUGUGCAGGAGGAGCGGAAGCAGGUAGUGUGUGAGCUGGAAAAGAGGGUUUGCGAGCUGCAGGAGAGGAAGGAUGCGGUAUGUCAGUUGGAAAAGAGAGUUUCUGAGCUGGAGGAAAGGGUGCAGUCUGUGCAAGAGGAGAGGAAGGAGGUGGUCUACCAGCUGGGAAAUACGAAAUUUGAGCUGGAGGCGAGGAAAGAGAGGGUGGUUGAGUUGGCGAAGGAGGAGGUCAUUUCACGGGCGAGAAUCGCUGAACUGGAGAACAGGGAGACUGUUCUGCAGGCGAGAUUAGUAGAGGUGGAGUUGGAGAGGGAGGUGGAGGAGAAGGAGGGUGCUUUGCAGGCGAGAGUUGCUGAACUGGAGAACAGGGAGACUGUUCUGCAGGCGAGAUUAAUAGAGGUGGAGAAGCAGGGGGCUGUCUUACAGGCGAGAGCGGUCGAGUUGGAAAGGCAGGAGGUUGCUUCACAGGCGGCGUUAGCAGAACUGAAGGAGAAAAGGGAUAUUUUGGAGGCGAAAGUGGUUGAGAUGGAAACGAAGGAGGUUGCUUCACAGGCGGCGUUAGCAGAACUGAAGGAGAAGGGAGAUGUUUUACAGGCGAGAGUGGUUGAGCUGGAGAAGCAGGUGGAGGAGGGAAGGGAGGAGGUGGAGCGAGGGAGGGAGGAGGUUGAGAGGGUGAAGCGAGAGAGGGAGGAGGCGAGGGAGAGAGUGUGGGUGGUGGAGAAAGAAAGGGAGAUAGGGGAGGAGGUGUUGGUGGGGUGGAAGAGGGAGGUGGAGGAGAAAGAAGGGGCGGUGGUGGGGUUGAGGGGCGAGUUGACGGAGAAGGAAGAGGCUUUGAAGGAGCUGGAAGCGGUGUUGGUGGGUGUGAGGGGAGAGUUGACGGAGAAAGAAGAGGCUUUGAAGGAGCUGGAAGCGGUGUUGGUGGGUGUGAGGGGAGAGUUGAAGGAGAAGGAAGAGGCUUUGAAGGAGUUGGAAGGGGUGGUGGUGGGUGUGAGGAGGGAGUUAAAGGAGAAGGAAGAGGUUUUGAAGGAGCUGGAAGGGGUGGUGGUGGGUCUGAAGGGAGAGUUAACGGAGAAGGAGAUUCUGAAGGGAUUGCAGAGUGAAGUGAAGGAGAAAGAAAGUGAGGUGGCGAGUCUGAUCAGGGAGUUGAAAGUAAAGGAGGAGAAUCUGGAGGAGCUGAAGGGGAAGUUGGAGGAGUUGGAAGGGGUGAUGGUGGAGUUGAGGGGCGAAGCGAAGGGGAAGGAAGGCGAGGUGGCGAAGUUGGUGCGAGGAAUGGAGGGGAAGGAUGCGGCUGUGAAGCGGUUGACGGGGGAGGUAGAGGGGUUGAAAAGGAAUUUGGAGGAGUCUAACGGGGAGAGUGCACGGUUGAUAGGGGAGCUGCAAACGGCACUGGGGGAGAGGGAGGAUGAGUUGAGGGCAGUUGAGGAUGAGAGGAAAGGCGUGCAGGCCGAAUUGGAAUGGAAGGGGGGAGAGUUGAGGGCUGUUGAGGAGGAGAGGAAAGGCGUGCAAGCAGCAUUGCAACAGAAGGAGGGCGAGUUGAAGGCCGUGGAGGAUGAGAAGAAAGGCGUGCAGGCAGAAUUGGAGUGGAAGGAGAGGGAGUUGAGGGCUGUUGAGGAGGAGAGGAAAGGAUUGCAGACAGAAUUAGAACGAAAGGAGGGCAAGUUGAGGGCAGUAGAGGAGGAAAGAAAGGGCGUGCAGGCAGAACUAGAACGAAAGGAGGGCGAGUUGAGGGCGAUGGAGGAUGAGAGGAAGGGCAUGCAGGCAGAAUUGGAAUGGAAGGAGGGAGAGUUGAGGGCUGUUGAGGAGGAGAGGAAAGGAUUGCAGACAGAAUUAGAACGAAAGGAGGGCAAGUUGAGGGCAGUAGAGGAGGAAAGAAAGGGCGUGCAGGCAGAACUAGAACGAAAGGAGGGCGAGUUGAGGGCGAUGGAGGAUGAGAGGAAGGGCAUGCAGGCAGGAUUGGAAUGGAAGGAGGGAGAGUUGAGGGCUGUUGAGGAGGAGAGGAAAGGCGUGCAAGCAGCAUUGCAACAGAAGGAGGGCGAGUUGAAGGCCGUGGAGGAUGAGAAGAAAGGCGUGCAGGCAGAAUUGGAGUGGAAGGAGAGGGAGUUGAGGGCUGUUGAGGAGGAGAGGAAAGGAUUGCAGACAGAAUUAGAACGAAAGGAGGGCAAGCUGAGGGCAGUAGAGGAGGAAAGAAAGGGCGUGCAGGCAGAACUAGAACGAAAGGAGGGCGAGUUGAGGGCAAUGGAGGAUGAGAGGAAGGGCAUGCAGGCAGAAUUAGAUUGGAAGGAGGGAGAGUUGAGGGCUGUAAAUGAGGAGAGGAAUGGCCUGCAGGCAGCAUUGGGGGAGAGGGAGGGCGAGUUGAGGACAGCUGAGGAUGAGAGUAAAGGCGUGCAGGCAGAGUUGGAAUUGAAGGAGGGCGAGUUGAGGGCAAUGGAAAAGAGUCUGGAGGACAAAGAGAAGAAAGUUCUGCUCUUGACUGAGGCAGUGAGCAGCAAGCAGCAGGAGAUCAAAGUGUUGAAGGGAGAUAUGGAGGUGUUGAGAGAGGAAAGUGAAGUGAUGCGAGGUAAGGCUGGCGAGGUGUUGAGAGAGGCGAGGGAGCAAGUGACAGCGCUGGAAGCACAGAUGAGCGGAAAGCAGCAAGAGAUUAAAGUGUUGAAGGGAGAGAUGGAAGUGUUGAGAGAGGAAAGCGCAGUGAUGCAAGAAAAGGCUGGUGAGACGUUGAGAGAGGCGAGGGAGCAGGUGGCAGUGCUGGAAGCACAGAUGGGGGAGGGGAGGAGGCAGUUGGAGGAGAGUGUUGAGGAGGGUCGAAAGGCGAUGGAGCAGGUGGCAGCGCUACAGGCACAGGUGGAGGAGGGGAGGCGGCAAUUGGUGGAGAAGAGUCAGCAGUUGGAGGAGGCUCGAGCGGAGGUUCGAAAGGAGAGGGAGCAGGUAACAGCGCUGGAAGCACAGGUGGAUGAGGGGAGGCGGCAACUGGAGGAAGGAAGGCAGCAGCUGAAGGAGGCUCUUGAUGAUCUCCGAAAGGAGAGGGAGGAGAUGCAGGUGGUACGUGCACGUUUGGCGGAAAAGGAGGGUACUGUGCGGGAGAAAGAGGCGAUGGUGUUGGUGCGGGAUGCAAAGAUUCUGGUGCUGGAAUCGGCAGUGGAAGGGAAGGGCCGGCAGGUGUAUGCACUGCAGGGCGAGGUGGAAGAGAGGGUGAGGCGAGCUAGUGGGCUGCAGGCGAGAGUGGAUGAGAAGGAAGGACAAAUAUCCUCGUUGCAAGCUGAGUUGGAAGAGAGGGCGAGGGAAGUGAGUGGGCUGCAGGCGAGAGUGGAGGAGAGGGAGGGGCAGGCAUCCUCGUUACAAGCAGAGGUGGAAGAAAAGGUAAGGGAGGUGAGUGGGCUGAGGGCGAGUGUGCAGGAGAAGGAAGGACAAUUAUCCUCGUUACAAGCUGAGUUGGAAGAAAGGGUGAGGGAAGUGAGUGGGCUGCAGGCGAGGGUGGAGGAGAGGGAGGGGCAGGUAUCCUCGCUACAAGCUGAGCUGGAAGAUGGGGUGAGGCAAAUGGGAGUGUUACAGGCAAGUGUGCAGGAGAAGGAGGAGCAGGUAUCCUCGUUACAAGCUGAGUUGGAAGAGAAGGUGCGGCAGGUGAGUGGGCUGCAGGCGAGUGUGCAGGAGAAGGAAGGACAAAUAUCCUCGUUACAAGCCGAGAUAGACGAGAGUUUGAAGCAAUUGGGGGUGCUGCGGGCGAGUGUGAAGGAGGAAGAGGAGCAGGUAUCCUCGUUACAGGGUCAGUUGGAGGAGAGGGUGAGGCAAGUGAGUGGGUUGCAGGUGAGUGUGGAGGAGAAGGAGGUGGUGAUAUCCUCGUUACAGGCAGAGAUGGAGGAGAGGGUGAAGCAAAUGGGGGUGCUGCAGGCGAGUGUGCAGGAGAAGGAGGAGCAGGUAUCCUCGUUACAAGCUCAAUUAGAAGAGAGGGUUAAACAAAUGGGAGUGCUGCAGGCAAGUCUGCAGGAGAAGGAGGAGCAGGUAUCCUCGUUACAGGCUGACUUGGAAGAAAGCGUGAUGCAAAUGGGGGCGCUACAGGCAAGUGUGCAAGAGAAGGAAGGCCAGAUAUCUUUGUUACAAGCUGAUAAGGAAGAGCAGUUGAGGCAAAUGGGGGUUUUGCAGGCGAGUGUGGGUGAGAAGGAGGAGCAGGUAUCCUCGUUACAAGCUGAGUUGGAAGAGAGGGCGAAGGACGUUGGGACUCUUCAAAAAAGUGUUCAGGAAAGGGAGAAGCAGGUAUCCUCGUUACAGGAUGAUUUGGAAGAGAAGGUGCGGCAAAUGGGGGCACUACAGGCGAGUGUGGAUGAGAAGGAGGAGCAGGUAUUCUCGUUACAAGCAGGUGUAGGAGAGAAAGAGCAGCAGGUGAAAGUGCUGGAGAGCCAAGUGGAAGAGAGUGUGAUGCAAGCUGCUGCGUUACAAGCAGGAGUAGAAGAGAGGGAGAAGCAGAUAUCCUUGUUACAAGCAGGAGUAGAGGAGAGGGAAAGGCAGAUGUCCGCGUUACAAGCAGUAGUUGAAGAAAGGGAUAAGCAACUAUUUGCGUUACAAGCAGGAGUUGAGGAGAGGGAACAGCAGAUAUCCGUGUUGCAAGCAGGAGUGAAAGAGAAGGAGCAGCAGGUAUUGGCUCUUGUGCAAGAGAAGGAACAGCAAAUACUGAUGGUGCAGAGAGAGAGGGAAGAGUGGGAAGAGGCUAGAGGGAGGAUGGCAGCGAGUGGGAAAGAAGCGGUGGAGAGGAGUGAGAGGGAGAUUGCUGCGAGGGCCGAGGAAGUUGCCCUGCUGCAGAAGGAGAAAACAGAGGUGUUGAGAGUGGUUGAAGAGCUGGAGGCGAGGGUGAGGGAGAGAGAGAUGGAUGUUGCGCGUGAGAAAGAGGCGGUGGAGAGGAGUGAGAGGGAGAUAGCUGCGAGGGUUGAGGAAGUUGCACGUCUGCAGAAGGAGAAAACAGAGGUGUUGAGAGCGGUUGAAGAGCUGGAGGUGAGGGUGAGGGAGAGAGAGAUGGAUGUUGCGCGUGAGAAAGAGGCGGUGAAGAGGAGUGAGAGGGAGAUAGCUGCGAGGGUUGAGGAAGUUGCACGUCUGCAGAAGGAGAAAACAGAGGUGUUGAGAGCGGUUGAAGAGCUGGAGGUGAGGGUGAGGGAGAGAGAGAUGGAUGUUGCGCAUGAGAAAGAGGCGGUGGAGAGGAGUGAGAGGGAGAUAGCUGCGAGGGUUGAGGAAGUUGCACGUCUGCAGAAGGAGAAAACAGAGGUGUUGAGAGCGGUUGAAGAGCUGGAGGUGAGGGUGAGGGAGAGAGAGAUGGAUGUUGCGCGUGAGAAAGAGGCGGUGGAGAGGAGUGAGAGGGAGAUAGCUGCGAGGGUUGAGGAAGUUGCACGUCUGCAGAAGGAGAAAACAGAGGUGUUGAGAGUGGUUGAAGAGCUGGAGGUGAGGAUGAGAGAUAGGGAGGAGAAGGAGCAACAGGUGGUCGCAGCGCUGCAGGCGUGUGUGCAAGAGAAGGAGCAGCAGAUAGCGGUGCUGCAGAGAGAUAAGGAAGAGAUGCUGAGAGCGGUUGAAGUGUUGGAGGUUAAGGUGAGGGAUGGAGAGGAGAAGGAGCAACAGGUGGUAGCGCUGCAGGCGUGUGUGCAAGAGAAGGAGCAGCAGAUAGCGGUGCUGCAGAGAGAGAGGGCAGAAUGGGAGGAGAGAGUGGGAGUGGUGCAGUGUGAAAUGGAGGGGAAAGUGAGGGAGAUGGAGGGGCUAGUUGCUGAGGUGGAACGACUGGCUGGUGAGGUGGAAUGGCUCUAUGCUGAGCUGGAAAAGGAGCGCAAGCCGAGGCGUGGCUUGGAUGCUGAGCUGGCACGUGUGGUUAAAGCGAAGGAGAGUCUACAAAAGGAGGUGGCGGGUUUGAAAGAGAGAGUGAGGGAGAUUGAAAGGGAGAGUGUGAAGACGAGAAAAGAGGGAGAGAGGGAGAGGAUGAGGUUGAGCAAGGAGUGUGAGAGUGAGCGUGUGAAAAACGUGAAAGCGAGUGAGGAGCUGAGUGAAAGAGUGCAGGAGCUUUCUGCAUUGAAGACAGAGAGGGAAGGGCUUGUGAGAGAGUGCAAGGAAUUGAAGGAAGAAGCAAGGAAGCUGCGAGAGAGAGUGCAGGUUCUUACUACUGAAGGGGAGGUGUUAUCUGAGAGGGUUGGGGCUGCAGAGAGGAGGGUGGAGGAGGAGAGGGGGAGGAGGGAGGAGGUGGAGAGAGAGAGGGAGAGUGUGAGGGAGGAGCUGGAGGAGGGGUUGAGGGGAGUGAGGGAGAUGGGGGGGAGAGUGGAGGAGAUGGAAGGGGAAGUGAGUGUGCUACAGAGACAGAUGGAAAAGGCUGAGGAGAGGAGAGAGGAGGCUGAGAGGGAAAGGGGUAAUGUAGAGAGGGAUAUGGAGAUGUUAGUCAAGCGGUUGAGAGAGGAGAGGAGUCUGAGGGAGGGAGAGGAGGAGGUGGAGCGAGUGAGAAAGAGAAUGGAGGAGGUGGAGAGGGAGUGGGAGGAGAGUGAGGGGGAGAGGAUGAGGUUGAUGACGGAGGUGGGUGGUCUGGAGGAGAGAGUGAGGGAGCGAGAGGAGGAGUUGGAAGGGGUGAGGAGGGAGAGGGAUGGGUGGAGAGGGGUGCUGGUUAGACUGAAAGAGAGUCUAGCAAAGGAAGGAGCAGGACAAGGGGUAAGGGUGCAAGUGGUUAAAGAGGAGGUGGGGAGAGAGGAGGGGCAAGGCGAAGCAGUGAGGAGACAGAUGGAGGAGGAGAUUACAGCGCUUGUCCAGUCUAAUGCUGACGCAGCGAGGGCUGAUGUUGACAUGGCAAGGGCUGAUGCUGACGCUGCGAGGGCGGAGGCUGACGCCGCAAGAGCUGAUGCUGACGUGGUCAACAAAAGGCUCCAGGAGGCUGUAGCAGAAGCUGAAGCUGCACGGAAGGCAGCUGUAGCAGCUGAAGCUGCAAGGAUGGUGGCUGUAGCAGAGAGUGAAGCUGCGAGGAAGGCGGCUGUUGCAGAAACGGAAGCUGCACGAGAGGAGGUUGUAGCGCUGGAGGAGGAGGUAGAGAGAAUGAGGGAGGGAGUGGGGGAUCGAGUGAGGGAGUUGGAGGUGGAGAUUGAGGGAGUGAGUGAGAGGCUUGGGAAGGCUGAGAAGGAGGUGAGGGAGAAGGAGAGGGAGGUGAAGAGGCAGAGGGAGGAGCUAAGAGUAAAAGAGGAGGAGCUGGAAGUGAGGUGCAAAGAGGUACAAGAGAAGGGCAAAAAGGUCGAGGAACUGAUGGGUGUUGUGGAAGAAACGAAGAUGAUUGUAUUGAGGAAAGAGGAGGAGUUAAAAAUGAGGGGCAAGGAGGUAGAGAAGAGGAGCAAAGAGGUUGAGAGACUGAUGGGGAUUGUGGGAGAAACGAAGAUGCUUUUAGCGAGGAAAGAGGAGGAGUUGGAAGUGAGGGGCAAAGAGGUGAAUGAGUUGACAGGGCUUGUGGAAGAAGCGAAGAUGCUUGUAGCGAGGACAGAGGAGGAGGGCAGGAUGGCACGAAUAGUGCUGGAAGGAACAGUGGUUAGCUUAAAAGAGGAGAUAGAGAGGGUUGCAGGAGAGGGGUUGGAAGCGGUUGAGAGGGUUAGAGAGGAGGGUAGGGAGGAAGUGGAGAGGGCUAGGGAGGAGGGUAGGGAGGAGAUUGAGAGGGUUAGGGAGGAGGGUAACGAGGAGGUUGAGAGAGUGAGGCAGCAGGCUUGGAAACAGGUGUCGGAGGCUUGGCAAAAGGCUCGGGAGGAGGUGGAACUGGUUAGGGAGCAGCUGGAGCAGGUUCGGGAGCAGCUCCGGAGGGAGGUGGUAUCCAGACAGGUGGAGACUGAACAGAGGGUUGUGGCUGAGCGGAGGUUGCGGGAGAUUGAGGAGAGAGUGAGGGAGAUGGAGAGGGAGAGGAGGGAGGUGGAAGGGGAGGUUGAGAGAGUGAGGAGGGAGUGGGAGGAGAAGGAGAGGGAGAUGAGGAGAGAGUGGGAGGAGAAGAGGUGUGGGAUGGAAGUGCUGGUGAGUCAGAUUGAGGAGAUGUGGAAGGGAAGAGUGGAGGAAGGGGAGAGGGAGAGGGAAAGGGAGAGAGAGAGGAGGGAGGCGGAGUGGGUGGAGGAGAGGAGAAGGUUGGCUGAGGAAGUUGAUAGGGAGAGGGAGAGAGUGAGGGAAGAGGGGGAGAAAGAGGGUGAGAGAGUGAGGAAAGAGGUGGAACAAGAGAGGGAGAGAGCUCUGGCAGAUGUGGACAGGGAGAGGGAGGAAGUGAGGGAGCAGAGGGAGAGAGUGAGGGAGGAGAGGGAGAGAGUGAGGGAGGAGAGGGAGAGAGUCAGGGAGGAGGUGGAGCGAGAGAAGGAGGAAGUGAGAAAUCAACUGGAAAUGGAGAGGAAGAGGUUAAUGGAUGAUUUGGAGGAAAGAGAGAGAAAGUUGAAAGAGGCUGAGGAGAAGUGGAAGGAGGGGAGGAUGGAGGAAGAGAAAUCGGAGGAAACCGUAGGGGAGGAGGUGGGGACGAAUCGGGGGAAAGAGGAGGGGAAGGAGGGCGAGGAGAGAGAAGAUGAAGUGGUGGCGAAGCAAGGAGGUGACGAUGAGGAUAGAGGAGAGGUGGCAGCGAGAGAACGGGCAGAGAAGGAGUGGAGGGAGCGAGAGAAGGAAUGGCAAGCGAGAGAGGAGGAGUGGGGGAGGAGGACGGUGGAGUGGAUAGGGAGAGUGAAGGCGCUGGGUGCUCAGUGGAAGGGAGUGGUGCAGCGAGAGAGGCGAGCGAGAGUGAGGGAGCAGCGGGCCAGAUUGGAGGAGAGGAAGGCGAGAGAGGAGGAGAGCAGAGCUAGGGAGGAGGAGGAGAGGAGGCAAGGAAGUGAAGUGUGUGUGAUAGGCAAGGAGCAAGUGAGGGAGCUAGGGUCGUAUAUCACCAGCAUGGAGUUCGUCUGUGGAAGGUUCCAGCGUGCUCUAGCGGCCAAGGCGCAGCAGCUACAGGAGGAGCGGCAGCGGGUGGAAGGGAUAGUAGAGCAGGCAGCACGGGAGAGGGCUGCGCGGGACGCUGCACUGAAGACGCUUAUAACGGGGAUGGAGAAACGCGAUUUUGCGGCGAGUGAGCCGUAUGCAUCAGUGGACGAGGCAGCAGCGCAGGCCUUCGCAUGGCACGACUCCCAGCUGGAGGCCUUGACCCGCCGCGCUGCUCACAUGCUGCAUGCUCCUUCCCUUCUCCCUCUCUCACCUCAUGUCUUUCCACAGGGCGAGGUCAGAGAAAGCCUUCGGAACCAUGUGGUGCAGGGGCAGGUGGUGGGGCAGGUGGUGGGGCAGCUGGUGGGGCAGGUGCAGGGGCAGGUGCAGGGGCAGGUGCAGGGGCAGGGGCAGGUGUUGCAGGUGGGCCAGGGGCAUGUGGUGCGGGGGCGUCUGGUCCCCUCGGGCCUGUGGGAUUUCUUCGCAGGCACAUCAGCAGGCCCACCGCUGCCGCUGUCAACAGUGGCUGACUGGGGGGUGGCGGGGAGGCGGCAGCACAAGUGGAUGGUGGAUGGCGUGUGGAUGGAGGUGUCUAGAAAGGAGUACGAGACCAUGCGUCAGACCCUGGCAGAGCAGCAGAAUCAACUGGCAACACUGGAGCAGUUACGGGCUGAUAAGGUCUGGAUGGAGGCUGCCUUGGCGCAAUUCAUAGAGCUCAAGAGGAAAUACGAGACGGAAAACGAAAGCCUACUGUCAAAGAUCGCCAUCGAUGCCGACGACUCGUUAACAACAGCGCUGAAGCUGUUUCAGGAGCACCACGUGACGUCGAUGCCCGUGCGCAACCGUCGCCUCUCUGCACCGCACCAAACCGAGAAGCCGUCGCUCAAGAAGCCCCAAGCUUUGCAGUCCAUCAUGGUGCAUCCGUCACCCAUGCGAUUCGUCGGCAUGGUGAGUCGUCUUCGCACGUCGCGCGUGCAAUUCAUCGGCAUGCUUUCGGUGGUGGACGUGGCGAUCUUCCUCGCGGAGUGGGAUGGUAACAAGGGCGCGCGUGGCGACGACGGCGAAAUGGUGGCGAAGACCCUGUGCGACGUGAAGGUCGCUGACGUCAUGGGCAAAUCCGAGGAGACACGUCAGAUGGUCGUCGUGGAUCCCCAUGCCAGUGUGUGGCAGGCGAUGCUGCUGCUAGGCGCGGGCGGCUUCCAUCGCGGCCUCGUGCCCAACAUCUGCCCGGGCGAGCACGACCUGCUCCCCCUCACCGACGCCAUUCCCGCUGCGAUGCUGCUGCUAGGCGCGGGCGGCUUCCAUCGCGGCCUCGUGCCCAACAUCUGCCCGGGCGAGCACGACCUGCUCCCUCUCACCGAGCCUCCCCCCAAGCCCACCUCCCUGGCGGAGAGGCGCGCAGAGAAGGAGGAGAAGGGUGACGGGGAGGGGGAGGGGGAGGGGAAGGGAGCAGGAGCGGCGGUGGUGCCGGCGCCGCCGAUGCCUCUGGCGGUGCAUAGCGAGGUGACGGGCUGCGUGGUGGGCGAGGAGUAUCGCGUGCUGUCUCAGAUGGACGUCGCCACGUUCCUGCUGUCGCACGAGGGGCUCAUGGGGCUUGCACUGGCUAAGAAGGUGGAUGAUCUGGGACUGGUGUGGCCGUUGGUGGUCACCAUAACGCCGUCUGACACUCUGCUGCACGCCUUCCGCCUCUUCAGGCGCCACCAGGUCACUGCACUCCCUGUGGUGGCUGCACAUGCGUCUGAGCCCCAUUCCGGCUUCCACGCGUGCGGCGAGGUUCUGAUCGACACUCUCUCCGCCUCUGACGUGCGCUGCAUUCACGUGCUGGAAGGGGGGGUGGAGGGGAAGAAGGGGCAGGAGGGGUUAAAGGAGGAGAAGAAAGAGGGGAAGAAGGAAGAGGGGAAGGGGAAGCACGGGAAGAAGGGGAAGGAGAGGAAGGGUCACCAUGCGAAGAAGACUGCGGUGCGGGUGGGUGAGGAGGAGUUUGAGGACCUGGGGGAGGUGACCGUGGGUCAGUUCCUGAGCGCUGUCAGGACGGCACAGAACCGCCACCUCAUCACGUGCACUCGUCGACUCAAAAGUCACCUGGGUGGUGUGGUGGACCUACACUGGCCCUUCUCAUCUCCUCUCUCCCUCAUUCCCCUGACUUACCUCAUUUUUCCCUUCCCUUCUUACAGCAACACGAGUCUGAGGCGGGUGCUGCACCGCAUGGUGAGGGAGAGGGUGCACCGCGUGUGGGUGGUGGACCAGCAGGAGCAGCCCUCGCCCAUGCCCUCCCCUCGCAUCCCCUCUACAAGCAUCUUCAAGGACAACCUAGAAGACCAGGGUCAUGCUGGCAACGGCAAGCCGAAGCCGCACGCUGCUACAGUGCUGCCGGCUAUAGAAGAGGACAAACCGGCUGUAGCGGACGAGGGUCCGGCUGUAGCAGGAGGAGAAGAGGGGGCGAGACUUGCUGCUGCUAGCCUCUUACAAGGUGUAGCUGGGUCGCCUAUGGGAGGGGUUGGAGGAGGAGGAGUGGGUGGGGGAAGUGUGGAGAUGCAUUUACAGGGGGUGGUGAGCCUUACGGACAUUCUUCGUAUUGUGCGUGUGCUGCCCAUUGCUAGUCUCUCUUCCUCUCAGCUGGGCGAACUGGGGAAGGAGCUGGAUGUGCAGGAGGGAGGGGAGGGGAAAGAGGAGGAGUUGGAGGGGUGGGAGAUGGGUGGAGGGGAGUUCCUUACGCCUGAUUGGAGCAUCGCGCCUGGGUCCCUGCUGGAUUGGUGGCCGAAAAUGAGCAAGUCUUCGUCGGUUGGUGCUUGA